AUGGUUUCCUUGGACGGCACGUCUUCACAGGAUCUGGAACAGUAUGAGUAUGAUGACUGUACUGUGUAAGUUUCUGAUAGUAUACCAGAGCGAAGUUGAAGUUGUACUCUGUAUUCGCGUGUAGCAGUUAGAUUAGGAUAGAAAGUUAAUUGUAAUUGUAUCAGAAUUUACAGUAGGUGGUGUACUGUAUUCUACCAUUUUUCAGUUCCGUCAAAUUGCUGUGCACUCAAGUUGGCGGGGUGAGAAGAGUGAAGGAUGGAAUCCCCAUCUCAAACUGCCGAUUCCAAACUGGGGACGGAAAAUCCUUACAGAUAUGCGGAUGGCGCUCUUUGGCUGAAACGGUGGCGGGAACGUUCAAACCAGAUCAUUUUUAUAAGGUGAGGAAGUACAUUUUUUUAAUUUUUAUGAUUUAGAUCGGCCCAGUGACCAAAUCUUCUUCCAAACGCUAUGGGGAUCUAACACUGGGAUUCGAGUUAACGGUCCACGAGGCCACCCAAAUCCAGGACCUUGGGACUUUGAUUGAUGACGAAGCCGGUACUUUUGUGCCGUUAGCAGAAAGCUAUCAAGUCGAAGGCAAAGUUGGUAAGCAUUUUAAAUAUUAUCGAUUAACAACGACCUAUUACAGUCACCCGGGGAUUCAUCCAAAGCCUGCCGUUCAAUUUCAAAGGAACGCUCAACUUCUCCAUAGUCUUUGGUCUGCAUCGCGUACCAGUCAAGUGCCCUAUGAUCGAGUUUGACUCCCCACUGGAAAGAGGUGAUAUGGUGGAGAUAUCAGGGCGAUAUAAUGGACGAAACUUUAUGGCGGACACAGUCACUCCACUUGCAGAAGAACCGUUGGCUGAUGGAGAUCCCCAAUUGGAGUCAGUGCGCCCACCACCAAGGCGCACGGCAUAA